CAUUGGAUACACACUGCAUCCAGGAGAGAUGAUAGACAUGUUUUUAGCCAAUUUCAGGCUCCAUACAAUGGACAGGCUGUUUCAUUUGCUAUUUUUCUCAGGAUUCUGUUCAUUUAUUGGGGGCAUUUCACGUCAAUAUGUUCUAAUCCAGGAACAGAAGACUUGGUACCAGGCACAAGCUUACUGCAGAGAGAAUCACAUUGACCUGGCCACUGUUCAAAAUGAUGACGACUGGGCAAAUCUACGAGAGACAGUUAAUAAAAUGGCUAAGAUGGCUUGGGUUGGACUGUACAAUGACGUUUAUAGCUGGCGGUGGUCUUAUCAGGAUGAGAACAUUACAUUUCAGAAAUGGAGAGCUGGAGAACCAAACAACAACGAUGGACAUGAGGCAUGUGGUUUGAAGGAGAGUAAAAUAUGGAAUGAUAUGGACUGCAAUGGAGUAUUUCCAUUUUUUUGCUUCAAUGAGAACAGAACAAACAGGUUUGUUUUCGUUAGCGAUGCCAAAACCUGGCAGGAGGCUCAGAGCUACUGCAGACAUUAUUACACAGAUAUGGCCAUCAUUUCGAGUCAAAGUGAGGAAGACCAAAUAACUGAGAUGAUGAAAUCACAUCCGAGUGCUUGGCUUGGUCUGUUUAGAGACAAGUGGAAAUGGUCAGAUGCAACAAAUGUCUCCACUUCCUCCCUUACCUGGCUGACAGCACAACCUGACGUGGUUACGUUGGAAAAUCCUUGUGGUGUUUCAGAUCCUGAUGGUAUGAUCCAUUACCAGCUCUGCUCAAAUGACCUUCCUUUCCUCUGCAUGCAACGUACAAAGAAACAGAUUGUGAGAGUGAAGGUGAAUGUGAAAAGUGGUCAGAAUGUAAAUGACCCUACAGUGAUGAAGGUUAUCUUACAGUGGAUCAAGCAGAAGCUGAAGGAAUCGGGGCUAGAAAAGGAAACAAGAGUGGCAUGGAGAGUUCAGCCAAAUGGAAAUGUGUUUUCAGAUGCUUGAAAAAAGGGAAGUGAUACAAUUAAAAGUUAUACAAUUGUAAGUUGAUUUAUCAAUUUAUUGGGAUUUGCAAGAAAUUAUGGACUUUCUGCUCUCUUUAAUUUUAAACACAUGAUAAAACACUCUCCUCUAAUGCACUUAGUUUGAGGGGGCAACAGAGGUGGUCCUGGCUCACUUUGACUCCAGCUGUGUUCUCAGAAGAUUGACAUUUUCAGCUUUAGUACACAUUAAAAUUUUUAUAAUUCUGUGAAUUCUACAGUACACAUAAAGCAUAUAUUGGUGUAUGAUAAUGAUAUAUUAUAAACUCUUUCAACAAUCUUAAGAUAUGGCUUAAUCCAUAAUAAAAUUUAAUUAUUCACUUUAAGUUUAAUUUCAGUACAGCUUUGAUUUAAUUGAACAGUAGGGGGUUUCAUUCUGUUUCCUAAUAAAAAUCACUUUGAUAUGCUAGUAACAAAACACUUUUUAGUUUGAAAAUUUACUGUACAGAUAUAUUAAUAAAAAUUUUGUUUAUUUUUUUCUUUAUUAUCUGUUCUAAUAAAAUGGCUAGUAAUGU